CCCUUCACACGCAUGCGCGCUCCUUCUAUUGCAUUGGAGGCUCAUUUGAAAACAUUAGCCGUGACUAGCAAUGUUUGUUUUGGUUAGCAAGCAAUUCGACUAAAGUGAACAUAGGUUUCUGGAUAACACAGUGAUAUAAACCCAUCAUUAUACUCGAGGAACGACAGUCAACAUUCAUGGAGGACCACAGCGUGGAUGACGACAACUCCAGCAUCCGGUCAUCCUCUCCUGUCAUGGACCGUAACCCCUCACCACCCCCGGACAGAGAGGGGGAUCAGGGCGGGGAAGAGGUGGAUGCUAUAGGGGAGACAGUUUAUAGCAAACACUGGCUGUUCAGCACCUUUACCCGUCUGAUUCAGAUUGUGUCGGAGCAGAACAUGGGAGACUCUGAUGCCCAGAUGCAGCUACCAGAGGAAGAUGAGGAUGAGCUGUGUAAGAUCUGGGAUAUGGCCAUGGAUAAGGAUGUGGCUGGUUUCUUACAGGAGUUCAAAGCUGCAGAUAUCCUCCUGGGAGUGAUCACUAAGUCUCGAUGCCCUCGUCUCACUGAGAUAUGUGUGGGGAUCCUGGGUAACAUAGCCUGCUUCCCUGACACUUGUCUGACCCUCAGCCAGAACAACGACCUAGGGGUGGUGCUGUUGCUCCUUCUUGGAGACACUGAUCCCCCUACACUGCUGGAGACAAGCAGACUUCUGCUGACCUGUGUGUCCCAGAGCGAUGUGUCUUCUCUGUGGCUAGAGAGAGUACGACAGCAGACCUCUGUGUGUUCCAGCCUCUGCUUCAUCAUGUGCAGCUCCACCAACAUGGACCUGCUGGUGAAGGUGGGGGAGCUGGUUGACAAGCUGUUUGACUUGGAUGAAGAGUUGAUGAAGAGCUGGGUCACAGCUGGAUCUCAGCCCAGUGACGAAGACGAGGAAGAAGAGGAGGAGGGGGAGAGACGUCUGGACGUGGCCUCCUCGCUCCUCGAGGCUGCCAAACAGCUAAGGUCAGAGAGUCCAGAGGGUUUAGAGGUGUACCUGCAUGCCCUCCAGCUCCUCACCACUAUCCAUCAUGGGAUUCAGACAUUGGCUGUUGCAGGUGGGACGGGCCAGGCUCUAUGGACCUUCCUGUGUGAGGUAGUGUGUGAGGACCUGUGUCAGCCAGACGACCCUCCGUUUGUUCUUCAGGAACAGAAGGGGUUACUGGUCCAUGCUCUGGCUGUCCUGUCAGUCCUGUAUGCGUGUCAGGACCAGGAAGCAGAGCACAGUGAAGCAGACACGCUUUUGCCUCUAGUUGGGAGCAUGUUGAGGGUGCUGCAGUACCAUAGAGAGGUCAGUUCAGGACACGGACAGAAGGAGAAGAAGGAUGGACAGGAGGAGGAGGAGAAGGUGGAUGAGCAGCUCCAGGCUCUGAUCCAGACAACGGUCGAGUUCCUCUCUGACGUCAUCACUGACCUCACCAAGGAUGCGGUGUCCGAGUUGGUGACGAGAGGUUACCUAACAGAAAAGACGUGUCUCUCAGCAGUAGGCUCUAUGCUCCCCCAGUUCAGCCCUGCAGUACAACACCUGGUCUUCAUGUUGUCAUAACCAAGCCUCUGUAGAGGUACAACACCUGGUCUUCAUGUUGUCAUAACCAAGCCUCUGUAGAGGUACAACACCUGGUCUUCAUGUUGUCAUAACUAACCCUCUGUAGAGGUACAACACCUGGUCUUCAUGUUGUCAUAACCAAGCCUACGUCACCUGUAGAGGUACAACACCUGGUCUUCAUGUUGUCAUAACUAACCCUCUGUAGAGGUACAACACCUGGUCUUCAUGUUGUCAUAACUAACCCUCUGUAGAGGUACAACACCUGGUCUUCAUGUUGUCAUAACCAAGCCUCUGUAGAGGUACAACACCUGGUCUUCAUGUUGUCAUAACUAACCCUCUGUAGAGGUACAACACCUGGUCUUCAUGUUGUCAUAACUAACCCUCUGUAGAGGUACAACACCUGGUCUUCAUGUUGUCAUAACUAACCCUCUGUAGAGGUACAACACCUGGUCUUCAUGUUGUCAUAACCAAGCCUCUGUAGAGGUACAACACCUGGUCUUCAUGUUGUCAUAACCAAGCCUCUGUAGAGGUACAACACCUGGUCUUCAUGUUGUCAUAACUAACCCUCUGUAGAGGUACAACACCUGGUCUUCAUGUUGUCAUAACCAAGCCUACGUCACCUGUAGAGGUACAACACCUGGUCUUCAUGUUGUCAUAACUAACCCUCUGUAGAGGUACAACACCUGGUCUUCAUGUUGUCAUAACUAACCCUCUGUAGAGGUACAACACCUGGUCUUCAUGUUGUCAUAACCAAGCCUCUGUAGAGGUACAACACCUGGUCUUCAUGUUGUCAUAACUAACCCUCUGUAGAGGUACAACACCUGGUCUUCAUGUUGUCAUAACUAACCCUCUGUAGAGGUACAACACCUGGUCUUCAUGUUGUCAUAACUAACCCUCUGUAGAGGUACAACACCUGGUCUUCAUGUUGUCAUAACCAAGCCUCUGUAGAGGUACAACACCUGGUCUUCAUGUUGUCAUAACCAAGCCUCUGUAGAGGUACAACACCUGGUCUUCAUGUUGUCAUAACUAACCCUCUGUAGAGGUACAACACCUGGUCUUCAUAUUGUCAUAACUAACCCUCUGUAGAGGUACAACACCUGGUCUUCAUGUUGUCAUAACUAACCCUCUGUAGAGGUACAACACCUGGUCUUCAUGUUGUCAUAACCAAGCCUCUGUAGAGGUACAACACCUGGUCUUCAUGUUGUCAUAACCAAGCCUACAUCACCU